GCUGGCUCCGGCACAAAAGUGGCCGGCGAUGACAACGUCCCUGCGAGCAGGACGCGAUGCCGGGGUUUGGCCGGGGCAGGGCGGCGGAGGGGCCGUCUGUCAGCCCUGCCCCGCUGGAGAGAGGGGAGGGCCCGUGGGACAAAAGGCGACAUUAUUCCGUGCUUCGGGAGGGAUGAAUGGAGUAUUGAAAGCCACCACCUCAGCGAGUGGAUUGGUUUUCAGCCCCCAUCACUGAGCUGUCUGUCCGCUGGUGAGUCUCCUCCCGAGGCUUGCUCAGCAGGAGUCGAGCAGGGAUCAGGGAGAUGUAACGGGGCUGUGUCCCAUCUCCGCUGGCUCCUUCCUGCACCUCCAUCGCCUCUUGCUGGUGCACAGAAAACCCUUUGGUGCAGCAUCAUCUGUCCCUAGUGCAGGCAACCAAGUCCAAGCCUUGGUCUGAGGCUCUGGAGCCUUGGUCUGGAGGGGUCUUGGCUGGGUGGACACCAGCACACGGAGUCCUUCUCAUCCCACGCCUCCACGUGGGAAAACCAGGAGCAGCAAAAGGCUGGAUGAGAGGUUUCCAUGGGAAGGAGGGUUUAACCACUCGUACUGUGGAUUUCAAUGACCUCUCCCGAGUUUCUGACCACCAGUAGAUGCCUGAAGCGGCAGCACUGUUGCGCAUCCCUUCAGGAGCUGGUGUGCCCCGUGCGGGCUGGAGGGACUAAUUUGGGACUAAUUAGGGCUCCUCUGAGCUGAGCCUGACAGCCCGGCUUUGGAGCCGGGAGCAUCCUCACGAUGGCACUGCUCCCUCAGCGCACGCUCCGCCACAGCGGCUGCUGGCACCGCGGGACCGGGUCUGGGCACCCAGGGGUGUCCCGGCCACCAGGACCAGCACCCAGCCCCCGCCCAGGCAGCCUGCGGGCGAGGCAGAGCUGGAAAUCCACCCCUGCGGCAGCGAGCAGUAAAUGGAGGGGAAAUGGAAUCUUAAGACAUUUAAUCUCUUCCUCAUUUUCUGCUGACGUUCCCUGUUGCUGAGUUUUAUCUCGCAGGUGGGAUGUGGCCCUUCAGCUCCAUCUUGCCACUCAAAAAAAAAAAAAAAAUUGCUUGUUCUCAAUAAAUCCAGCUGGAAUUACUUUUCAUGUGUCAUCCCUGCUCCUGGAAAUACUGAGGAGGGACAUGUUCACAAGACCUGUAUGGCCCUCGGUGACCACAGGCUCCCCUGGCCACCACCACUAACAGUGCUGUCCGCAUGUUUCAGGGACGUGUCCUCUGGAAAUUCACCUGACAAGCAGCAAUGACACUCAGUCCCUGUCCAGACACCCAGCACGGCACAAGGAGGUCGGAUAUCGAGGUGCUGCCUCUUCCCUUGAUGCCAGCCACACUCCUCAUCCUCCUCGUGCUCUUCAGCCCCACCGGCACCACCUCUGAGCCCGAGCUGUUGCCAUUCCCAGAGAUCCGCCUGGCCAACGGGCCCAGCCGGUGCCAGGGCCGAGUGGAGAUCCUCUACAACGGCUCCUGGGGCACGGUCUGCGACGACGACUGGGACAUCGUGGAUGCCAACGUGGUGUGCCGUCAGCUGGGCUGCGGCCACGCCAUCACCCUCCCGCCCGCCAUGACCUUCGGCCAGGGCAGCGGGCCCAUCUUCCUGGACAACGUGGACUGCAAGGGCUGGGAGGCGGCCCUGAGCGAGUGCUGGAGCCACGGCUGGGGCAUCCACAACUGCUACCACUACGAAGAUGUGGCUGUUGUGUGCAACGAGUUCUCAGCCACACAAGUCAGCGAAGGACCGACCACCAGGACCCUCACGGCCUCGGUACAGGAUGGGGAAAGUGACGGCAGCAUCCGCCUGGUGAGCGGCCACGACACCUGCCAGGGCCGGGUGGAGAUCUUCUACCGCGGGAACUGGGGCACCGUCUGCGACGACGACUGGGGCCUGAGCGAUGCCAGCGUGGUCUGCAAGCAGCUGGGCUGUGGGCAAGCCCUGGAUUACAAGAGCAAUGCCUAUUUUGGCUAUGGAACAGGACGUAUCCUCCUGGAUAAUGUCAACUGUGAUGGCAGUGAGCCUUUCCUGUCCGCCUGCUACAGCCUCGGCUGGGGCAUCCAUAACUGCGGUCACCACGAGGAUGCUGGGGUCAUCUGCACAGGACUGGACACAUCCACCAUCACAUCCUUCACCACCUCGGUGGCCAUGGACUCCGAGGAGACACUCACAGCCACAGCCACAGCAGUGACAGACAGCAGGGACCAGCCCUCUCAGGCCACCGAGGUGGUCACCACCACGCUCCUGACCAUCGAGCAGGAAAGUGGCGGCUUGCGGCUGGCGAACGGGAACGGGAGCUGCCGCGGGCGGGUGGAGGUGCGGCACCGCGGCACCUGGGGCACCGUCUGCGACGACGACUGGGACUUCCCCGACGCCCAGGUGGUUUGCCGGCAGCUGGGCUGCGGCACCGCCCUCGCCGCCACCGUGCUCGGCUCCUUCGGCUACGGCAGCGGGCCCGUCCUGCUGGAUAACGUGGGCUGCGGCGGCGGCGAGGCGCGCCUGGCCGACUGCUUCCACCUGGGCUGGGGACAGCACAACUGCGGCCACCACGAGGACGCCGGGGUCAUUUGUCGAGGUGCUGAUGACACAGAAGACCAUUUCCAAGAAGCCACUGCUACAACCACCAUGUUGGCCCCGACGCAUCCCAAGGAGGGCUCCCUGCGCCUGGUGAACGGCAGCCACCGGUGCGAGGGGCGCGUGGAGCUGUUCUACCUGUCCCAGUGGGGCACCGUGUGCGAUGAUGCCUGGGACCUGCGGGACGCCAAGGUGGUGUGCAGGCAGCUGGGCUGCGGCCACGCCCUGGCGGCCUGGGGGGAGGCACGAUACGGCCGAGGCAGUGGCUACAUCUUCCUCGACAACCUCAAGUGCAAGGGCCACGAGCCCUCGCUGCUGCGCUGCUCCCACAUCCGCUGGGACGUCCACAACUGCGACCACUCCGAGGAUGCCGGUGCUGUCUGUGACAUCCUAUGACCCUCCCGCAGCUCAGGUGGAAAGACCCAGCCUGCAGCACCAGUCACCUUCGCCACCAAGAGUUUGAUUCCUACUGGGACAUUGGGAAGAUGAACUCUGUGUUCUCAUGGAUGGGGUUCAAGGGUGGGGAAGGGCUCGUGCAGUGGCACAGAGCUCACUCCUCUGUUUGUGCAAUUCUUUUGUUGAUAAGAACAUAUUCCUAGGUUGGGUUUUUUGGUUUUCUCUUUUUUUUUUUUUUCUUAUAUGUGUUUGAGUUUGUUUUUGUGAAUAUAUAAAAGCCCUUUGAAAGUGCUCUGAGAGCUGACUUGUUUUCCCGUCAUCCCCUCAAAGCCCUGGGUAAAAGUAAACACCUGGAAGAAGAGAGGAUGUCCCAAACUUGAAGGAGAGAGCUCAGUUCUUGCUGCCGAAAACUGGCCCAAAUUCCUGGCUGACCCUCAAGCAGCCUUUAAUUCCUACCCAGCUGAGAGCUCAGCCUGAGACAUGGAAGCAUCUUCCAGGCAGGCUGUGGCAGCACAGCUGGAAAAGGGCUUGCUGAGGCCCUGGGAGAGGGCAGGGUGGUGUGUGAACAAAAUCCUCCUUUCCCUGUGCUUCCAGGUCCUGCACGCUCCACUGCCCCCUCACUUCCUCUCUCACCUCCUGCCUCCAGGACAGCUGGGCAAUGCCUGGGUCCUGCUGGGAGCAGGAUGGGGACAGAGCUGUCCCCAGCAGCUCCCAGGCCAUCCUCUCAGCCCAUGCCAGCUGGGGAUGGGUCACAGGGUGCUGUGGGCUCCUCCAGCUUUGCUCUCCCCUCCCUGUGGCUAUGGGAGAUGGGAGUGGGGCUGGUGGCCAGGAGCUGCUCUGGAA